UUCAUACUGCUGGUCGGCGUCGCAGUUUUUUACUUUUGUUUGAAUUUUAAAUUGAAUAAAAAUUGAAUAAUAAUUUAGCAAAUAAAAUAGCCAUUUAAAUUCGUUGCGUCAAGUGUUACAUAUUGUGUUACUAAUACGUCCCACGCAUAACAUAACCCGCAAAAGAAAAUAAACAAAUGCAGUGUAAUACACAGCUUGUGGCCGCGUCAUGUGUCAUAGCGGUAUUGAUGUCGACGGCGCAGGCAGGACUGCAGCCAGGUGGCAAGAUAAUCGAACUGGACGAGGAUAAUUGGCAUUUGAUGCUCAAGGGAGAAUGGAUGAUUGAAUUCGUCAAAGAUGGCGAAUUCCGUCCGUAUCGUGGAGCCCGCGACGGGGACGCUCUGCUGUACUUUGUGAAGAAGCAGCAGUGGCAGAAAAUUGAGCCGCUAUCCGCCUGGAAGAAGCCCGAUACCAUACACAUGUCCGUGCUUUCCUAUUUCUUCAAACUGUCGCACACCCUGAAGCACACGCAAAAACUCUUUAAGGACUUCAACGGACGCCUUCAAGAGGAAUACGGACUGCCCACAUGGGGCUCCUAUGCUCUGUUUGCAAUCGCCACCAUAUUCCUUGGAGCUGCAUUGGGACUGCUGCUGGUGUGCCUUGUGGACUUUGUGUAUCCACCCAAGAAAUCGCAGCGACAAAGCUUCUCCGAGUCUAAGGAUAAUCUAGCUGAGGGCGUUGAAGAUCUGGCCACCGAGGAAAUCGAAGAUGAUGGCGAGGCUGACGACGAUGAUGAUGAGGAGCAGCAGCGUGACAGCGUCGACAAAGAAGAGCCGGAAGACGAGAAGGAGGACGAUAAAGCUGAUGAUGAUGGUGAGUCGGAGAAGACCGACAAAGAAGUAGCGAAGCAGGGCGGCGAUGCCGUGCCAGAAAAACUCGAAAAGACAGAGCAAGUGCGAAAGCGCAAACCUCGUAAGGCGGAUUAGAUCCAGUCGGUCUCAGUAAUUGGACCAGCAGCAAAAGACUAACAAACUGAAAUAGAAUCGAGAAAAAUAGCAUUUUUCAAA